AUGGCGGGGAAUAAGAAUAAGAAGAGGAGGAGGACGGCGGAGCGACCUACGACCCACCCGAGAAACAAAUACUCCGAUAACCCGCCCGACUUCGCCGAGCUUGCUUCACUCUACCCAUCUUUCAAACCCUUCGUUUUCUUUGGCCGCGAUAACCGACCCAGAAUCGACUGGACCGACUUCAACGCCACCCGAGAACUCACCCGGGCCCUCCUCCUCCACGACCACCGCCUCAACUGGUGGAUUCCGGAUGGUCAGCUAUGCCCUACGGUGCCCAAUAGAUCGAACUACAUUCAUUGGAUUGAGGAUCUUCUGUUGUCUGACAUUGUUGCAAAAAGUAGAGGCAAUGGUGAUAAAGUGAGGGGGUUUGAUAUAGGAACUGGGGCAAAUUGCAUAUAUCCACUUCUUGGCGCAUCACUUCUGGGAUGGAGUUUUGUUGGCACAGAUAUGACUGAUGUAGCGCUGGAGUGGGCAGCAAAGAAUGUUAGAGAUAAUCCACAUAUCUCGGAACUUAUUGAAAUUAGAAAGGUAGAAAGUGUUGAGAAUACCCUUCCAGCAGAAGGAUCAAAUAAUGAGGCAUUGGUUAGUAGCAAAAGCGAAAUAGAUCUGACUGGGGAUAUGGCUGGGGAAAGGAAGGCUGGUCUGACUACAGGGUAUUAUGGGCGACCUAUACUUCUUGGAGUGGUCAGGGAUGGUGAGGAGUUCGACUUCUGCAUGUGUAACCCUCCAUUUUUUGAGACAAUGGAAGAAGCCGGACUUAAUCCAAAAACUUCAUGUGGUGGUACCCCAGCGGAGAUGAUAUGUCCUGGUGGGGAAAAGGCUUUUAUCACUCGCAUUAUAGAGGAUAGCGUCAUCUUGAAGCAUACUUUCCGGUGGUACACAUCAAUGCUAGGGAGGAAAUCAAAUCUCAAAUUACUAACUUCAAAGCUUUGGGAAGUUGGAGCCACCGUAGUAAAGACAACUGAAUUUGUCCAAGGCCAAACAUGUCGAUGGGGAUUGGCCUGGUCCUUUUUGCCUCCUGUUAAGAAGAUGUUAUCAUCUCAUGUGACCGAAAAGAGUAACCUUUCUUUCAUGCUUGAGGGCCUUGAAAGAAAACUAGGUGCCAUACAUGUCUUGCAGUCAGUUGAAGCCUAUUUCUGUGAUGGUGGUGCAUUGUGUAAAUUGAACACAUCCUCAUUUACAGUUGAUGUCACUGCAAACAAAUCAGACGCAGACUUGAAAAGCGAAUCACAAAAUUGUGAUAGAGUUGCAAGUUGUGAUGAUGUGCAAGAGGCAUCUGGAUCAAGCUGUUUGAACUUGCUGUCAAAUAACCUAAGUUUCCGUGUUUCAGUCUUUCAGCAAACCCCUGGCACACUUCUGGUGAAAGGCUCACUGCAGCAGAGACAUGGUCAAGUUUCAGGAGCAUUUUCAACGAUAUUUCAAAGGUUGGAGGAAGUUCUGAAACAGAAGUUCUGUAGAGAGAAGUAGCACGUAGUACAACUUUUCAGCGGCAUACAUAUAGUAGUUUGAAGCUCUCUCGUAUUACGCACAUCUGAGGUGCAUACUAAAGUGGUUAGUUAUCAAACUUAUACCAAGCAGCAAAUAUUCUGUUUGUAUGGCCUGCUUUUUUCCUCAUGGCCUCUGAUUCAGUUCUCCCAUCUGGAGGAAUUUCAGUGUUACAAAACUCAUCAUCAUGUGUGGAGUGAAGUUGGGGGUUAUUAAGUAUUUUCCCGUGUGAUCUCAUUUCCUCUUUCGUUUGUUGUAUGCUAUCCAUUUCUUUGAGUAUAAAUCUUAAUGACAGCGUUCUCACUCGUUUGGGGUUUAUUGACUACAGAUCUUAAUAACCAAGAAUUGGAAAUUGAUAGGAUGAGGAACCAUAGAUGAUGUAACAUGUUAGUUACAGGAUUUUGAUUCGUCAGUAACUUCAUACAUGUAAGACAUGACUUACCAAUGAAGUUUUAAAUCUAUUUCAAACUCUCAAUAUCUCAGUGGUUGAAUUGCUUUUGUAGUUGUAGAGUUAUUCCUAUAAAUUGAACUGCAGCUCUUCCAGUUAUCG